AAGUGAAGCAGCAGAAGAGAAAGUUUCCUAGCCGGAGCCUGGGCUGAGUGACGGGUGAUGCUCCUAGAGCAGCAGUGGCAGCACCAGCGGCGGCGGGCUGUGCUGGUGCCGCAUUGUGUUUGCUGAGGCUCCUCCUGGGCGGUGGGGGCUCAGUAGCGUCCUACGAGGAGGAGGAGGAGGAAGCAAGAGCAGCAGCAGCAGCCUCCGCUCGCCCACCUCCGCCCGUGCGUCCUUUCAGGCGAGAGGGUGCUGCGUGCUUGCUCUCUCUCCUCUCUGGCCUCUGUGCAAUGUGAAGCUCGUAUACAACCCUGGUUUGUCAAAAAGACUAGAGCACCAACCUAGUACAUGCAUCCGAUAAUCAUCUUCUCCUACAAAAUGGAUUUUAGCCAGAACAAUCUGUUUGGUUAUAUAGAAGAUCUGCAGGAACUUACGAUUAUUGAAAGGCCGGUACGCAGGAGUCUAAAGACCCCAGAAGAAAUAGAGAGACUGACAGUUGAUGAAGAACUCAAUGAUAUUGAAAGGGCUGUAUAUCUACUCAGUUCUGGUCAGGAUAUCCAAGGAACAAGCGUGGUUGCAAGUCUUCCAGUCUUGAUGCGACAGAAUCCUGCAGAGACGUUAAGGAGAGUCCUGCCAAAAGUUAGAGAGGUCCUGCCUGUUGCAGGGGUGGAAAUGCAGUUAACAGCUGCUGUGUCACUUUUGACUAUUCUACAAGAGGAGUCAAUAUCCAUCCAUACUUACUCCCACUCCUUCCUACACAUCAUUCUACAGAAUCUGCAGCACAGAGAUGCAGGUGUCAGUAACGCAUGGCUGGAAACCCUUCUUGCUGCAAUAGAAGCUUUGCCAAAAGAAACCAUCAGGCAUGAGAUCCUGAAUCCUCUUGUUUCCAAGGCACAGCUUUCUCAAACACUUCAAUCUCGCUUGGUUAGUUGUAAAAUCUUGGGGAAAUUAGCUAACAAGUUUGAAGCUCAUAUAAUUAAAAGAGAAAUUCUUCCGCUGGUAAAAUCGCUCUGCCAGGAUGUAGAAUAUGAAGUUCGUUCCUGCAUGUGUCGGCAACUGGAGCUCAUAGCUCAAGGAAUAGGGACUGAGCUAACCAAAAACGUAGUGCUUCCUGAGCUGGUAGAAUUAGCAAGGGAUGAAGGCAGCAGUGUACGUCUUGCAGCUUUUGAGACCUUGGUUAAUCUGCUGGAAAUGUUUGAUGCAGAUGAUAGAAGUCAAACUAUCCUCCCAUUAGUGAAAUCAUUCUGUGAAAAAUCCUUCAAAGCAGAUGAAUCUAUUCUGGUUUCCCUGUCUUUCCAUUUAGGGAAGCUUUGUAAUGGACUAUAUGGGAUUUUUACACCAGAGCAGCAUUUGCGAUUUUUGGAGUUCUAUAAGAAGCUUUGCACCCUGGGAUUAGAGCAGGAAAAUGGACAUAAUGACAACCAGGUACAACUCCAAACCUUAGAACAGGAAAAGAAGUACAUAUCGGUGAGGAAGAACUGUGCUUACAAUUUACCAGCCAUGAUGGUUUUUGUGGAUCCUAAAAACUUCAAUUUGGAUCUCUACUCUACAUUCUUCUGUCUCUGCCAUGACCCUGAAGUGCCAGUCAGACACACUAUGGCUAUUGGCUUCUAUGAAGUUGCUAAGCUUUUAAAUACUGAUGUGUAUGUAAUACAUAAAGAACUGGUAGCCCUAUUACAGGAUGAAUCACUAGAGGUGUUAGAUGCAUUAAUAGGCUACCUUCCUGAAAUUCUUGAACUGUUGUCUACUGGAGGAGAAAGUGGUGGAGCAGAGAGCAAGUUAUUGAAUUUCCCAGAGUUGAUACCAGCACUAACAAGAGCAGAGCAGAGAGCGGCAACCUCUUUAAAAUGGAGGACUCAUGAGAAGCUACUACAAAAAUAUGCCUGCCUGCCUCAUGUCAUUUCAAGUGAUCAGAUUUAUUAUCGCUUUUUGCAUAGAAUGUUGAGCAUCAUCAUGACAAAUAAUGUUUUACCUGUCCAAAAAGCAGCUGCUCGAACCCUGUGUGUGUAUUUACGUUACAAUCGCAAGCAAGAACAGAGGCAUGAAGUCAUCCAGAAACUGAUUGGGCAGCUGGGCCAAGGAAAAAGCUACUGGAACAGAUUGCGUUUUUUAGACACCUGUGAAUUCAUCAUAGAACUCUUUUCCAAAUCAUUUUUCUGUGAAUACUUCUUUCUCCCAGUGCUUGAGCUCACACAUGAUCCAGUAGCAAAUGUGAGAAUGAAGCUUUGUUAUUUGUUGCCAAAAGUGAAGUUGACUCUCAAGGUUCCCACAGAUAAACAUUUACUGCAGCAGCUCGAACUGUGUGUAAGAAAACUCCUGUGUGAGGAGAAAGACAAAGAUGUCCUGAGCAUUGUUAAAAAGAUGGUGCUGGAACUGGACAGAAUGGAAACCUCUUUGGAUGCUUUUCAGAAGAGGUUUUAUGAAAAUGAUCUAUUGGACCAGCAAAAGGAAAGAGAGGAACACCUUCUGUUGGAAAUGGAACAAUUAGAAAAAGAGAAACAGCAAAAUGAGGGCAGGUCUACCAGUAUGAGCGAUAAAAUAUAUGAAAAGAAGCGUAGAGACAGUAAAGCAUCAACAACUUUGGCCAAAAAUAUACCAAUAUCUGUUUCUGGAAAUGCUUCAGGUGCUUCAACAAGCAAAGAAGUAAAAAAGUCAAAAUUGGUUCGAAGCCAGUCUUUCAGUAGUCAAGCCUUGCACUCAAAAUAUGGAAACAUAGACAAGUGUCCCAGCAAAAGUUCUUCAACAGGAUAUACUUCAGUGUCUACAGUAGGAAAGACUUCUGUAUUCACAUUUGCAGACGAUUCCUUCCGUCCUCAUUCUAGUAACCCCAGUGGGACGGCUUCUGCUUCCACCUUACCUUCUUCCUCUCGUAAUGCAAGUAAUUCUGUUGAUCAAAAGAACAAUGGGAGUAAAGAAAGCCAUUCGCGGAAGGUUAGCUUGAAAAACAGGAAGUCAAACUCCUAGAGCUGCUGAAACAAAGGAUGAACACCAAAGACCACUGGAGGCAAUGUGGAUGAAGGAUUGGCAAAAGCUGGAGUACAACCUUGAACGCAAGGACCAGAGAGACUGACUGCAUCUCACAAUGUUAAACAUCUUCUGUCACUUAAAUAAAUUCCUAUGUUGUAAAAUAUCUUCAUAGAAAUAAUGUAAUAUGUGCAGAACUCCAAUGUUGUAAGUGAAGUGUUUAAUUCAAUGUUACUUUAGCAAUGUGCUUAAAAACUGCUGUAGCUAAAGAGACAGGGUUUUACCCCCACUUUCCCCCUCUCAAUUAUGCCUUUUAAUAGUUCAGGUUUUUCAAAUUGGAAUACAAGUGCCCUCUACUUUAAAAUACACCUAUUUAUGAGUGUAGGGCUCCUACUAUACCUUUGCUAUGGAAAUAGGACCAUAUAGGUGCAAUUGCUCUGCAUAUAACAUUAACCAAACAAGUAACAUUUUAUCUCUCAAAGACAUGUUAGGGUGGAACUUGGAAGCACGGACAAAGAAAUGUUGAGUAGUCAUUACAAUACAGUUGUGCUAUAAUUUUAAGUAAGAUUGCUUACCUGGUGUAUAAAAAUUCUCAAGAGGGUUUCCUUUCACCUUUUAAUAAGAACAAAUACCUCCAAAAGAGCAUACAAAUGAUUAUUAAUUAGUUUCAUAUCUCAAUUUUGUUGUAUAAAUACAUUGUUUUAACUUCUAGUAUUUCAGGUUGUAGUUUCUCUUUAUCCAACACUUUAGAAAUAAUGAAUCUAGUUUUUAAUUAGUUGUUAUUUCAAGUUAUCAUGCUUUUAGCUGCGUCAACUGCAUUUUGUUUGUAUUCAUGCUAACAUUUCUAUCAAAAUUUGCCUGCAACAUGCAGUUCUAUUUAAAAAGUUCUAUUUAUGCCAAUACUUGAGAGAGACUGUAUGAAGCUAUUGUCAGCUUCUCUAUUUCAGAAAUGCAAUCAGCAAAACUAUAUUGAUAUCAGAAAUCUGUUUUUUAAAAUAUA